GUUUUUGACAUGUCCCAAGCAGAUUUUGAAAAUAAACGGAAAUAUUAAAAAAAAAAUUCUUGUCGAAGUUUUUCGAAAAAACAAAACGAGUAAACAUAAUCUACCACUAAAUUGUAAUUAAUAAUUUUUUAGUAAUAUGAGAUGCUAAAGAUAUAAAACAAAGAAUAGCAAAAGUUCAGUUGGUUUUUGCUAAAGACGUACUCAUGUUUCGAGCACGGCUUUGUAUGGGUGUGAAAAGUGAACAGUGGGUGCUACGAAAAAGAAAAAGCAAGAAGCGUUUGAUGUCUGGUGUUAUAGGAGGAUGUCAAAAAUACCGUGGAUAAAAAGGAGUGAGAAACGAAGAGAUAUUAGAAAACGUAGAAGGAGUAGCAUUUAUUUUCUUCUAUCAACUUAUUUAACUACACUAAAGUGGUUGCUGACAGAACGCCUACAUUUAAUCACUUUAACUCACGACAGACGUUGUAGGGAAUAUCGUAAGCAUAGAAGAGAUAUGUCAGGUAGGAAUUGCAGCGGACACUAACAAAAAAAAAAGGAAUAACAACACAUAGUGUUGCAUUUUUAUUCACGAGUAAAAGUAAACACAAGAACUAACGAAAUAACAAAUAAUUUAGUAUAGUAAUCAUUAAAUAAUGCGAAUUAGAACAAAUGACCUAUCCCAAUACAAUCUUAAUUACCAAUUCUGUUAGGUAGGUUUUUUAUUAUACUUAUUAAAUUAUUAUUGCUGCUGUUGGUUUUUUCUUUUUUCUCUGGUAGAAUUAUCGGGUACUGAUAGGUACUGGACGUCAUUAUCCGCUACCCAGCCGGAUCCUUAAAAAGGAUACACCGAGUACCGAAUUCAAACUGGGUAACCGACCCAUUCCUACUAAUUAUUUUUUGCAUAAUUACCAUAUUUGCAAACUUUGCUUAAUUACCUAAUCUGUUUUAAAUAACACUGUUGUCAAACAUGCUUUUAGUGAAGGAAUUUAUCAAAUAAUAAAGCUUUUACGCAGUUGAUUAAUGGUUUUGUUAAACUGUUUUAUUUGAUUAGUAAUUGACUUUCGAAUGUUUAUUUGAAAUGUUUUUAUCUCUUCCUUGGUAUCACGUCACCUAUUAAGGAAACAAUCAAAAGAUUAUUUUUUUACUUCAGUGAAAAAACAUGUCUUUACACGUCAUAAAAUUACUGAUAUAAAGCAUGUACAGCAAAAACAAUGAAAAUAUUUUAAGAACGUUUUUCUGCCAUUAGUUUUGGUAAAAUUCCGGAUUUUUAACGCAGCAAAAAUAAUUUUCAGUUUUCAAAACUUAAUUUUAGUUAAAUUGCUGGUGUUUUUUUUCUUUUUUCGCUGUUAGAAUUAUCCAGUACCACCGGGUACCCGGUGUUAUUAUCUGUCCGACUCCAAACCGGGUGCCAGGCUCAUCUUUACAUGAAAGGCUAGUUAGGGACAUUAAAAGCAGAAAUGAUGAUAUUGAUUUUUGAUGUGAUGUAAAGAUUAAUUUAAUUUCAAAAUAUUUUGUCAAUUAAUAAUCCGUAAAUUAAACUCUAUUCAAAGUUGCCUUUUCAUGACUGCAAUUUCUUAGAUAUUUGUACCUAUUAUUAGAAAAAGUAAUCAUUUUGAAUUCGGACAAUUUUUGUCUAGUACUUCUAAAAAUUAUUAAUCUUAAAUUUUAACAACUGAUAUCUUUGAUACAAGUACGCACGGCAAUGAGACAAAACUUAUUAAUUAAAUUAAGAAUGGUUCUUCAACAUGUAAAGUAGACUAAAAAUUAAGCUAAGUUAAUUUUAGAAUGUGAAGAAGUCUUUAUAAAAAUGUAUGAAACGUCGUUAAGUUAAUCAUAUUUGGUAUUGAUAUAACUCUAAUAUCUUUUCCGCUUUCCAUAAUCUCGAAGAAUUAUUUACUUAUAUUGACAUUUAAGACUAUUUCGUUUUUUAUUUUUAAUUAGAAACUAAAUAUAGAAAACCAAGUUUACGAGGUUGUGAUGUGUGGUGUAUGGUUUAAAACACAAUAUUUAAAAAAAGUAAACAAAGAAAUCCCCUAAUGCCCUCAUUUAAAACAUCGUCAAAAUAAUAAACAAACUAAGACGCGAUGAGGUAACGAUGACGCAAGUUUUUGUUUGGACGCGAAGAAUUGUCGUGUAGGUGUGAAUGUUUUUUUAUUUUUCAUAUGUUUUAUGCGUGUAAAUAAUGUCUAUUAAAAAAAGAAAAUUUAACGAAAUAAGUACAAAUUGGGAAGCCGGAGAAUUUGUUUGGGCUCGACCAACUAGAAAUGCAGGAAGAUGGUGGCCAGGUGUUAUCAUAAGUCAUACUGAUGGAGGUUUCAAAAAGCCAAAGUUAGAACAUUUUUGGGUGUUUUGGUUUGGAGAUUAUAGAGCUACUGAAGUGCAUUUUAAAAACAUUUGUUCAUUUAAAGAAAGUUUUGCAGUCUUUUAUGAAAAGUACACAAACAGUAAUAGAAAUAAAUUACCUAAAUUAUGGAAACAAGGAGUUUUGGAAGCACUGAAGGAUUAUGGAAACAUAACAACAGCCAGUUGGAAUAAUGAUCAAUUAAUUGAUUGGGCAUUGUGUGGAUUCUUAAAGAAUCACUCAGCUAUGUCAUAUGAAUACAUUGGGGUUCCUGACCUUGUAAAAGAAAAAUUAAAUAAACAUAGGGAUGAGAACAUUAAAUCAAACUCAUGCUUUGAAAGAAGUCAAGUAAUAUAUGAAGAAAAAGAUUUAAUAGACAAAAUAAAAAGACGUGAAAUAUGUUUAGACAGUAUUUGCAUAUGCUGUUAUUCUACAGCAAUUGAAAGCGAACACCCGGUAUUUUAUGCCGGUGUUUGUAAAAAUUGUUUGGAAAGAAUUAGAAGCACGGCGUUCCUAAUAGGUGAUGAUAACAUCGCGUACUACUGUUUGAUUUGCGCUACUCUUGGAGAUAUGCUAGUGUGUGAUGUGGAAGAAUGUGGAAGGGUAUUCUGCAGAAAAUGUUUGCAAAAUUUGGGCAAGUCGAAUGCUGAAACAUAUAUUGAAAAACAAAAAAUGUGGCGUUGCCUUGUUUGCGAUCCAAGCGAUAUUAAGAAUGUAAGCAAUGUUCUUCAGAUAAGAAGUGACUGGCAAGAAAGGAUCAGAUUGAUGUUUGUUGGAACUCAAAGUAAAAUUACACCUAUUCCUGAAAUUACUACAAAAAGAAGAAAGUUAAGAGUGUUGUCUCUUUUUGACGGUAUUGGAACUGGUCUUUUAGCAUUAGAUAGUUUACAACUGCCAGUUGAAAAAUAUUAUUCAGUUGAAAUAGAUAAGAAUGCAAUUUCGGUUCUUAAAAUGAAUUUUGGAGAACGGGUGACGCAUUUGGGGGAUGUCAGAGAUUUAAACGAGGAAGCCAUUAAAAAAUUAGGUCCCAUAGACUUAUUAAUAGGGGGAUCUCCCUGCAAUGACUUAAGUUUUGUAAACCCAAACAGAAAAGGACUAUACGAUCCCACGGGAACAGGAAUUCUCUUUUUCGAUUUUCAUCGUGUUCUAACUACACUGAAUGCAGUAAAUGGGAAACCGUUUUUUUGGUUGUAUGAAAAUGUAGCAAGCAUGAGUAUUGAUUAUAGAAUUAUCAUAACAAGAUUUUUGGGCUGCGAACCAAAAUUGUGCGAUUCAGUACGACUUUCAGCCCACAAGAGAGCCCGCUUAUUUUGGGGGAACCUUCCUUCGCUCUCGCAAAAUGAAUUUCCCGACGAAGGACCGUGUCUUCAAAGCUAUUUAAUGCCGGGCAGAACGGCAACUUUACGGAAAGUGAACAGUCUAACUACAGCCAGAAACUCAUUAGAAAAAGGCGCAGUUUUAAAUGAAGAUAACACUCCGGAUGUUUUAAUGAUAACAGAAAUUGAAAGAAUGUUCGGUUAUCCCUUGCACUAUACCGACACGGGAAACAUUUCGCUGCAAGGAAGGCAGAAAUUGAUUGGCAGGGCUUGGAGUGUACACGUUGUUAGGAGUUUGUUUCAGUGCCUUUGUAGUUUUUUUGUUGUAAAAAUAGAAAGUAAUAAGAAACAAAAAAUCAAAAAGGAAUACAUAAGAGUCUAAUAUGUUAAAAUACACGUUUGACUUUUUAUUUUUUGUGUACUUCAUAUAUAAAACUGCAAUGUUUUGUGGCAUUCCGGUUUUAUUUAAAGCUUGUAUAAAACCAAAGAUUGUCUUUAAUAUUACAAAAACUGCUUUUGAUAUUUCUGUUUUUAUUAUUUACAUUUACGCGUUUCUGUGUCAC